CUAGCAGCCGGCAGGGUGACGCUCCCCAGUCCCCGCAGUGCCCGCGCGCCCAGCGGCUGGACGAGUUGGCUGCUCCGUCCCGGUUCUCCUGGUCGGGUCUCUUCCAGGCCGAAAGUUCUUGGCUCCGUUUAGCCGCGAACCGUCCGCUUCCCAAGCGAUCACUUCUGCAAAGACUUCGUGUCCCCGUGUGGAUUCCAGACCAAACCUGAAAAAAUGAUUGACCUUCCCCAGCUAAAGGAAAAUGAUGUAUUCGUGGCCUUUGCCUCCUAUACAACAAUCGUUCUUUCCAAAAUGAUGUUUAUGAGUACAGCAACUGCAUUCUAUAGAAUGACAAGAAAGGUUUUUGCCAACCCUGAAGACUGCGCAAGCUUUGGCAAAGGAGAAAAUGCCAAGAAGUUUCUUCGAACAGAUGACAGAGUGGAACGUGUGCGAAGAGCCCACUUGAAUGACCUUGAAAAUAUCGUUCCAUUUCUUGGUAUCGGCCUUCUGUAUUCCCUGAGCGGUCCAGAUCUUUCUACAGCCCUCCUGCACUUCAGACUCUUUCUUGGAGCACGGAUCUACCACACAAUCGCCUAUCUGACACCUCUACCCCAGCCAAAUAGAGCUUUGGCUUUCUUUGUUGGCUACGGAGUUACUAUUUCCAUGGCUUACAGUUUGCUGAAAAAUAAAUUGUACCUGUAAAGAGAAUCAUCCAAGCCAUUGUCCAACUGGUGUUUUAAGAAUUUUGUACUCACAAUUUAUAACGAAUACUUUGUUAGAUUUUAGGCAGGAAGGGAGCCGAGAAAUUAAGAACUGGGGAAAACUUUUAAGUGGAAGCCUUACCAUAUGUACCCCCAUAUUAAUCUGAAAUUGUAAAAAAAAAAGAAUUGGGGCAACACCCGUGCCUCAAAGGAGUAGGGCGCCAGCCCUAUAUGCCAGAGGUGGUGGGUUCAAACUCAGCCUCGGCCAAAAAACUGAAAAAAAAAAAAAAAAGAAUUGAGGAAACUCACUUGAGUAGUAGCACCACCAGUAUCCUGUAUUCUCAUUUUAUGCUUGUACUAGAAAAUAAACAUAAUAAUUCUUAAGUAUUUUUUCUUAUUCUUAAAAUACUUUGUUGUAAAUUUUGAUUUCGUUGUAAUUUGUAGCUUUUGGCAUUUCGUAUUUGAACAUAUGAAGUUUCAACACUAUACUUCAAAACUGCUGAAAUGGACAGAUGUAAUAAAUAAAGGAUAAUUUUGCUUGGU